CACUAAAGUUAAUCCAUUUUCAAGCACAACACACCGGAUAACUCUUCCAUUCUAUCCUUCUUGAUUACCGUUCAGUAUGUACUUCCACGAUAUACUCCAUAGCAAAGCUACUGAGCUAGUAGCUCCCAUGAUAUGCGUAGCCUAUAAUAAAGCAUGCCACAAAACAUCUACUGUGGCGGACUUCGACCAGAUAAUCGCCUUCCACGACGAGUACCCCGAAUAUUCCCAGUUCAUCCGGUCACUCAUGCGCAGAGUGCCUCUCAUCUUGGAGAGCAUUGUUGAGAGUACGUGCGAUGACAGCGAUAGUAACAUGAAACACUACCGUCGCUGGGUCAGCAACUGUGAAUUUUUGCGCAAGCACAACCUGCUUUCCCUCGUUUCAGAGGUACGCAUAGUUCAGUUCAAUGAGUGCCAUCUUGAACUCAACCUUAGCCAAGUGAUUGACAGUCUCGAUAUCCCCCUUGGCGCUAUCGCCAAUACCAGUCUCCUAAUGUUCUUGGGGUUUGGGUUGUUCUCCGCUGGUAAGAACCAGGAUCUGGAAAUAGCGAAGGCCGAGGCUAUGGAUACAGUGGAUACGAUUCUCACCCACUGCCCACAUGUUACCAGUCUCUGGCACCAUGGCCGUCGCAAUUGGGGUUCAUCGGCUGGUUUUAACAGGGAUAUUCCAGGAGUGGGAAGCGAGAUUAUGAAGGAGCUUCAUAGGAGACUGCACUCGCAGCUCACCAUGAUGCAGGUGAUGCGUCCAUUUCCGAAAGACCUUGCUGCGCUAUUUUCAGAGAAUCUGCAGGUCCUUGCAUUGGACAGCAAGCUGAUUCCUGAGCUCGUUCAUUUGCCCAAGAUUCCCAUCAGCAACCUGCGCGAACUCGAGGUACGUCACAAUAACCGCAAUGUUGACUGGACUCCGUUUCGGCUUGGGGCUGAUGAGGCACUGCAUUUCUGGCGCCUAGAAUAUCUUGCCUUGGAAUUUGACAAUCCACUCAGGGGUGUGACCUACUGUGCCCCACGCUUCAUAAACCUUUUGUUUCCGGCGGGGUUGACGCGAGUGAAGGUUAAGGGACUGGAAAACUCCUACACAGCCAUCGAGAAUUACCUUGGCAUAGCCCAGUGCCGUCCUCUGACGCUUGUCACAGAGCCAGAUGGACUCGAGAAAAUGGGUCUGCCCAUCCUGCGGUGUGCCGCUUUGCUGAAUGUAAGCGUUCGAGAUAUGCACAAAGCCGGCCAUACGUCUUAUCAGUCAAGAGGGUUCUAUAGGCUCUUCGAGCAUGGCCAGCAAUACAUGUCAGGGGCACGAGUCACUGGCAUGUAUCACCCAAUGCCGCCCUUGAUCAAGUGGUCGUGGCUGCACUGGCUGCAUUUGACUCCGGUUGUAGCAAAUGCGAAUAGCAUGUUGAACAUCAUCAGCAUGCUCAAGCACCUGCAGGUUCUCGUCAUUGAUGCCUAUUCCCUUGAACGUGGACAUCUGAUGGUAAUGGAAAGCGGUCAUCACUUUAAGGACCAGAGCAAGGCGUUUUCGGAUAUCGACGAUGCUGUCAAGGAUCUUCCAAGCCAGGUCAGCGACCAGCUUGUUCGUCUGGACAUUCGGUCCCAUAAGCCGCUGUGCAUUUCUACCGUCGUACAAGUGGUCUCGCGCCUGCCUAACUUGACUAGCCUCGGAGUCAGCCCUGAGCAUAUCGGUGCUAUGAUCCAGGCAAUCGGUAGGCGUGCAUUCGGUAACCCUGAGAGGGGCUAUUGUGCGAUUGGUGUGCGCGAGUAUUCUUUGCACAUAGGGGUCUUCGACGGAUAGUACAUUAUUACUAUCUCUUUCCUUAUAUUCUAUCUCCAACUCCUGUUCAGAACGCCGAUAGUGCGAGCGCUCGAUAUACUCCCAGUA